ACGAAUCUGGAUAUGUAUUCUUCUGGAUUUUUUACACUUGUGCUUGAUAAUAAUACUGGUGAGCCAGGCUCCGGAGAAGAAGAUAACUUCACAGGACUAUGCUUUGAAGAGGAAAACGAAGAUUUCAAUCGAAUCUUCUUGCCCACCAUCUUCUCCAUCAUUUUCUUGACAGGAGUUGUUGGCAAUGGCUUGGUGAUAGUUGUCAUGGGCUGCCAGAAGAAGCUGAAGAGCAUAACUGACAAGUACAGGGUCCAUCUCUCAGUAGCCGAUCUCCUCUUCGUCAUCAGCUUGCCAUUCUGGUCUGUGGAUGCUGUGAUAAGCUGGUACUUCGGGGAAGUCUUGUGUAAAAUAGUUCACAUCAUCUACACUGUCAAUUUGUACAGCAGUGUCCUGAUCCUGGCCUUCAUCAGCUUAGAUCGAUACUUGGCAAUUGUACAUGCUACCAACAGUCAGAGAGCUCGGAAAUUGUUGGCUAAAAGGAUUGUCUACAUCGGUGUUUGGCUGCCAGCUUUGCUGUUGACUAUACCCGACAUUAUCUUUGCUCGUGUUACCGAGGUUGGCGGAAAAUACAUGUGCCAGCGAUUUUACACUGACCUGACCUGGCAAGUCCCCUUCCAAUUCCAGCAAAUUUUAGUAGGCCUCGUCUUGCCUGGCCUUAUCAUACUGACUUGUUACUGCAUUAUAAUUUCUAAGCUGUCAAAAUCAAAGGGUCAUCAGAAACGUAAAGCUUUGAAGACAACCGUCAUCCUGAUUGUGGCCUUCUUUGCUUGCUGGCUACCAUACUACAUUGUUCUCAGUGUAGACACUUUCAUCCUCCUCAAGUACAUCAAGAGAGGCUGCAGUUUUGAAAUACUCGUGCGUAAGUGGACCACCAUUACCGAAAGCCUGGCAUUCUUCCACUGUUGUCUGAAUCCCAUCCUAUAUGCUUUUCUGGGUGCCAAAUUCAAGACAUCAGCUCAAAAUGCACUCACCUCUGUCAGCAGGGGAUCAAGCCUUAAGAUCCUUUCCAAAGGGAAGCGUGCAGGACAUUCUUCUGUCUCAACAGAAUCGGAGUCUUCCAGCUUCCAUUCCAGCUAACAUAAUUUUCUGUUUU